AUGAUGCCAAAUGUUUUAAGUUCCAACAUCAAUAUUUUUAAUAAGAGUUAUUCAAGUGAAGAUGAUCAGAGGGUUGAAAUUGACGUAUUAAGGAGCGCACUUGUAAAAUAUUAUAGAUCCAAACAGAACAUGGGGGUAUGUGGAGAAGAUUUAAGUCAUUAUAAAGAAGGAUUUAGGUACGAUUUCAGUGAAACUAUUAUUCCUAAACAUUGGAUAAAUGCAGAGAACUAUCCGAGACCAAUACGGAAUUAUUCUUUCUCGGAUGAAAGUUGCGGUAUUAGUGAUGAUUUUUUGGACUAUUUACAAAACCCCAAUGAAAUUUUUGAUUUUAAUUUUGACGAUAUCUUUUAUAAUUUGCAAAAUUUGGAAUAG